AUGGACGGUCGUUGCAGCAUCCACUCAGAUGCUCCUCCUCGCUUCGUGAACAACUGUUACCGUCUGCGAACCAGCGCCUCCGUUCGUGAACCAGCUCUGGACCAGCGCUUUCAGCGAGGACCAGAACAUUGCCUGCACGAUGACUAUCGGAGGAGAAAUCAGGUUUCAGCUGAUGGUGUUGCUGCUCCCAGACCUACAUCGCCACUGCCGUUCAGUCUUCGUGCACUUGAUUCUGCUGCCGCUGCUGCAUAUGCUCCGUCAGCUACACCGUGUCGUCUUCCCCUGCUUCCUGCUGCCGCCCCUCGCCAACUGUCCGCUCUGCCCUACCCUCAUCCUCAGCUUUCUGCUGAUGGUGUUGCUCCUCCCCGACCUACAUCGGCUGUGUCUUUCCCUCUUUGUCCACUUGAUUCUGCUGCCGCUGCUCCUUCUCCUCCGUCAGCUACGCACUGUCGUCUUCCCCUGCUUGCUGCUGCCGCCCUCGCCAACUGUCAGCUCUGCCCUACAAUCUUCCUCAGCUUUUUGCUGAUGAUGUUGCUGCUACCCAACCUACAUCGGCUGUGGCUUUCCACCUUUGUCCACUUGAUUCUGCUGCCGCUGUUCCUUCUGCUCAAUCAGCUACGUCCUGUCGUCUUCCCCUGCUUGCUGCUGCCGCUCCUCUCCAACUGUCAGCUGUUCCCCUGCCCUCUUCCUCAGCUUUCUGCUGCUGGUGUUGCUGCUCCCCGACCUACAUCGACUCUGCCUUUCAGUCUUCGUCCACUUAAUUCUGCUACCACUGCUCCUUCUGCUCUGUCAGCUACGCCCUGUCGUCUUACCCUGCGUGCUGCUGCCGCCCCUCACCAAUUGUCAGCUCUGCCCUGCCCUGUUCCUCAGCUUUUUCCUGAUGGUGUUGCUGCUCCCCAACCUAUAUCAGCUCUGCCUUGCCCUCUUUGUCCACUUGAUUCUGCUAACGCUCCACCUUCUGCUCCAUCAGCUAUGCCCUGUCGUCUUCCCCUGCUUGCUGCUGCUGCUCCUCGCCAACUGUCAGUUCUGUCCUACCCUCUUCCUCAGCUUUUUGCUGAUGGUGUUGCUGCUGCCCAACCAACAUCGGCUCUGCCUUGCCCUCUUCGUCCACUUGAUUCCACUGCCGUUGCUCCUUCUGCCCCAUCAGCUAGACACUGUCGUCUUCCCCUACUUGCUGCUGCCACUCAUCAACAACCGUCAGCUCUGCCCUGCCCCCUUCCUCAGCUUUCCGCUGAUGGUGUUGCUGCUCCCCGACCUACAUCGGCUCUGCCUUGCCCUCUUCGUCCACUUGAUUCUGCUGCCGGUGCUCCUUCUGCUCCGUUACCUACCCCCUGUCGUCUUCCCCUGCUUGCUGCUGCUGCUCUUCACCCUCUGUCAGCUCUACCCUUCCCCCUUCCUCAGCUUUCUGCUGAUGGUGUUGCUGCUCCCCCACCUACAUCGGCUGUGCCUUGCCCUCUUCUUGCACUUGGUGCUGCUGAAGCUGUUGCUUUCCCUCAUCCUAUGUCAGCUCUGCCUUGUCAGCUGCUCCUGCUUCCUGCUGCUGCAGCUGUUCCUCCUGCUCUUCCUAUAUCAGCGCCGCCUUGCCCUCUUCCCCUGCUUGCUACUGCUGUACAAGGGACUCUAGCAGAGCGACGUACACAUCAGCAGUGUCAGAGGAAAGCGCUGGAGAACACAGCAAGGCGAGAGCAGGCUGAGGAGGCAGUCGGAGGACAAAAAGUGGCCGCAGCUGCAGUGGCCUUUGUGAUCCGCAACGAGCUGAUGCUGAAACUGAAGCAGCAGCAAGACAGGGAGAGGGCGAGGCAAAUCUGA